AUGGAGCAAUCAACAACACCUCAACCACCACAGAGUAAUAAUGCUCCGUCCGCCAUUGAGCAGACUUCUUUUGCCGACGAUAUCUGGAAUAAUAUGGAAGGCAUCUUUCCGGAGCUAGAUGUUCAACAAUCGGACCCACAAUUGCAAUCCAACCAACAACAGGGCCCCCAAGGCAUUACAUGGGAUCAUCCAAUCUUUACACAGACCAACCAGCAGUCUGAACAACAGCCUUCUUUCCCACAGCAAAAUGAUCAUAUCCGGGACUUUUACUCUGCGACGCCUCAGGCCUGGGGUCAACCUACGUCUUCGACUCAGACCGCAAAUGACCCUUCUGGCCAAGCAUACGGACUUUCUCAACAACAUCCAUAUUCGAUACAGCAACAGUUCCCCCAGGAUCGGGUCUCAUAUAAUUCCCGUACUAUAAGUCCUGAAAAUCUUGCUUAUCAAUAUACAAUCCCUGGCCAAUAUUACCAGCAGCCCGGUCUACAGCCUGCCGGCACAUAUGCUCAACAACAACCCCGACAUCAGGCCAUCGCUCCACGACCUCCUGCUACCCAGCAGCAGCCUGUUUUGUCGGGAGGAGCUCAGUCUACACAGAGCCAUCAGUACAUCAUGCCAACGAAUGCCGGCAAUGCACAAGCACCUAAUUUCAACCAAUUUGAGAAUGCGGCAACCGCAGGCUUGAACUUUCAAAAUACGAUUGAUCCACAAUUCCUCUCUUCACUUCAAGAAGCAUCAGGUGGACCUCAUUCAUCACAGAACCAAUUCUUAUUCUACAAUCCGAAUGCAUCCUCGUACGAGCGUCCUAAUGACCCAAAGGCGUAUCAAGCUUUUCCGGACAACUUAGCCCAGCUCAAUGCGGAACAACUCAAUGCUAGACAGCAUUUGGCCCCUAGCCUUAUGGGACAACUGCCUCAUCUAGCACCCUAUCCUGUCCCCGGAAUGCUAGCACCAAAUGGAGCACCUAAGCCGGCUGCUCAAAUACCAAGUCCCAGGAAACGAGGAAGGCCUAAGAAACACCCACUCAAAACACCAAAUGACAAAGCGAGAUCUGACUCGAUUUCUGACACUUCUGAUUCGGAGCUAGAGGUUGAAGAACCGGAUGAACCUUCGCCUCUGCCUGCCGUGCGUCCGACGGAUCCAGAGGGGGCUGUUCAAUACGAUACCAUCAAAGCUAUUUGGUCACCGCGUAAUAAGUACCCUAGCGUUGAGAAGAUUAAGAAUGCUCUUGUUGCUUUCAAGGAUGUCGUCAAGACUGUCAGAGACGAAUGGAAGUCGCUCAGUCAGGCAAUGAAGGAUGCUGAGAACCAGAACAACAACGAUAAAGCGUCCUCGCUGAGAAAUCAAGUCGUCCAGCAACGAAAACUCAUCAACGCCGUCAUUACCACAGCGAUAGACAAGGGUCAUCCUGUUAUUGUUGAAAAAUUAGGAGAGCACCCAAUGGCUGUUGCAGCUUUAUACUCUUUUUUACUUGAUCGUCACCAGUCCUCGGAUUAUGAGGGCGUAUUGCUGGUCAACAUUCUCACAUUGUUAUCACGUUUCACGACCAUGGACGAUGAGGUUCUUCUCAAGACAAAUGUCUCAAAACUUCUACCAAGAAUAAUCAAAAAAGGCAUCCAACCUGGCAAAGACUUGGCUCAAAAGAUCAUGGAUAAUGCAGCCCAAUCAACGAAACGAAAGCAGGAGUCUAACGGCAACUCAUCUUCUCGAGACGCCACACCUGACAAGUCGAACGCAUCCGCCACUGGAGUCAAGCGUACUCGCGAUGGAGAACCCAAUGGCCUCCCGGCCACCAAGAAGAUAGUAAACCCAGUCCUAGCAGCAAAAGGUGGUCCUUCUGCUAAAGCGGCUACUGGCAGCACGGCCAAAGCUGUGGAUAACAAAGCCGCCGCUGCUCCAGCUGUUCGACCCAAGGCUAGCAUCGUUCCUCCCAAACCAAGUAGUCUCUUUGGUAGUUUGGCUUCCGCAUCGAAGAAGCCUGGAACCUCAAAUGCGGCGCGAGCUGCUGCAGCUGCCGCUGCGGCCAAGGAAAAGGGGGGUGCUGCAACUGAUAAGAAAGAAUCGCCACAGCCAGCACCCUCCAAACCAGCUUUCUCGUUUGGUGAUAUACUAGCAGACCUUAACAAAAAAGAGGAAGCCAAAGUCAAGAAGCCCUCCGACGAUCUUCCACCUGAAACGGAAGAAGAGCGUGAAAAGCGUCUUCGAAAGGAAGCACGCCGGAAACUUCGCGUCAGCUGGAAGCCCGAUGACUCUCUCACUGAGGUCCGCUUGUUCACUCACGAUCCUGAAGAGGUCGUUGGUAUGGAUGAUGACCUGAAGAGGGACGUUGACGAUAUCAAAGGAGAAGGCCGUAUGCUCAAGCUUCACAAAGACUUGGAUGAAGACGAGGACGAUGAGGUGGAGCCACAGGAAGAAGAGUAUCAUCCUUGGACAAGCCUGCCUACUGUUGACCAAGACUUGAGCAACGAGGACCAAGCGAGCAAUUUCAUCAAGAGAGGUGGAAACAAGGAGCCGGACAGCCCUGAGAAACUUGCUCAGGAGAGCAGAGAAGCCACCACUUUGAUGGUUUUCUAUACGUCUGCUGCAGAUGUGCCGGCUUCACCUAGGGAACCUCCUGCGCCUACUGAUGACGAGCCGCCUACCACUCAACUGCUAUUUGGUGAGCCUGAUGACAAAGUCAAGGCUCGCUCUGCUCGCUACUUGGCGAUGAUCAACUCGCAACCCGCACCAACUCCUGCACCCGCUGCAACUAUUGCACCUGUUGCGCCAGUCGUUCCUGGUGGCGCUUUAGAUAUUGCUAAUUUACUGAAAGUCAUUCAGAGUGCACCUCAACAGGUACAAUCUACAACGCCUCCUGUUCCUGCUCCACAGCCGGCACAAACUCAACCAAACCCUCUCGCGAAUCUUGAGCAGACUAUCAAUUUAUUCCGACAGCAACAGCAAGCACCGCCAGUCAUACCGCAGAUUCCUCAAAUACCUCAAAUACCACAAAUACCACAAAUACCACAGAUCCCUCAGAUUCCUCAGAUUCCUCAAGUUCCUGUCUCUGCUCCGUCGGGACAACCAAUCGACUUUCAAAAAAUCCUUGCUGUGCUAAACGCUCAGAAGCAAAUGGCGCAACAACAGCAACCAGUCGCUCCACAAAUACCUGCAGCACCAGCAGGCAUCGCCCCCAAUCUUGCAGCGCUCGUUUCCCAACUUAGCGGCCAAAGAACAGGCUCUCCAGUGUCACAGCCACAACCGCCAGCUCAGUCCUCGUCCGGUCUAUAUGAAGACCCAGAGCGUAAACGAUAUCGUGACAUUGGCCGCGGAAACGAGAACAAUGGCUACGGCCCACAAGGCAGCGCAAAACGUCCCCGAAUGUACGUCGACCCCGAAGCGAAGAAACAUCCACGCGCUGGGUCGGUGGCAUGUCGAUUCUGGCGAGAAGGCAAAUGUCUUAAGGGUGAUGACUGCACCUUUCGCCAUGACCCCGCCGAUUUGAACUAA